AAAGGCUCCGACUGGGAAGAAGGGAGCUCUUCUGACGGCCACUCUCUAUCCCUCCACCUUCUUUGGCAUGGGCUUCUUCCUCAACUUCUUCAUCUGGGGAGAACACUCGUCUGGAGCGUACCAUUCACCACCAUGCUGGCUCUGCUGUGCAUGUGGUUUGGAAUAUCCUUCCCCCUCGUGUUCGGAGGUUCCUAUUUCGGGUUCCAGAAACAGCCGUACGAACAUCCGGUGAGGACCAAUCAGAUUCCUCGACAGAUCCCCGAGCAAGUCUGGUACCUCCAUCCAGUCUUCGCGUAAGU